UAAAAUGAAAAAAAAUUAGGCGGAGGCGCCAAACUACAGAAAACUCCCGCGCCAUUCUCCCACCUUUUAUUUUAACUCAUCUCUAACCUCAAUUUUACCUACACAUUGCACUGUCGCCGCCGGGAAGAUUCCGAUUAACAAUGGCGGAUCCUAAAUUUAUACAUAUAUAACUCUUAAAAAAAUCUGAUCGGAAGAACUCACAUAACGACUGUACAUUUUUUUUGGGUCCGCCAAUCGCCGGAGAACUCGAGAUGCAGGGCCGGCAUCCACAUCCCCACACCACCACUCCUAUCUCCGAAGUUAUUCUUCCAAAACGUGGCAAGAAGCGGGGUAGCUACAGUUGUGGCCGAUGCGGUGUACCGAAAAAAGGCCAUGUUUGCAAUUUCCCUAAGAACCUUAAUCCGAUUGAUAAUCCCAGUCCCAAUCCCGAUUCGUCACUCUUAGCUUCCCCACCCUCCGUUGUUCGUCCUCAGCCGCCACCUCCCAUGCCGCAACGCCAUGUACUCCCACAGCUCCGGCGAGCACUUUCAUUUGAUGACGUUGAUGUUAAUGAUUCACCUGGAUCUGAUGACGAUGGGGAGUUCUCCGAUUUGGAUAACGAAUCGGAUCUAGUUGGGUCCGGAUCGGGGAUAGGAGCGUUGCCUUCGAGUUGUUUAUGGGAAGUGUUUAAGAGAUUACCGCCUCCGGCGUUGCUUUCAUCGGCGAGGGUUUGUAAGGGGUGGUCGGAAACUUCUAGAAGGAUCUGGAAAUCUGCUGUGGAGCUUAGACUUAGGGUUCCCGUAAAUGCCCAGAUUGGGCUUGUCGGGUCGGUGUUAAAGAAAUGUCCAGGGCUUGUUAAGCUUUCUCUAAGAUUGGAAAGUGACAUUGAUGCAACCAUGUUGGCCUGCAUUGCAUUUUCCUGUCCUAAACUGGAUUCAAUGGAGAUACUUAUGUGUAAUUCAGUCAAUCGGAUCACUGGGGAUGAGUUGGGUCGUUUUGUUGCUGAGAAAAGAUGUCUUACUAAUCUCAAGAUGGAAGGUUGCUCUAAUCUUGGGGGUUUUACUCUUUGCUCAACCAGUCUUUCAACUCUUUCACUUUCAGAUCUCUAUUGUCAUGCUAAGAUGGUCUUCAACUGCCCCAACUUGAAGGAUGUUUCCCUGGAUUUUUCUCACCAAGAAAAUGAUACCACCGAUCUUACUCUCAUGGUCGAUGGUCUUGGAAGGAGCUGCCCGAGACUCCAGAACAUUCAUAUUGCCUCCAUGCGCCUAACACAUGCUGUUGUGCUUGCUUUAACAGCAGCAAAUCUAAGGGGGUUACGGAUGCUCUCUCUUGUACUGGGUUCAGAAAUAACUGAUGCAUCUGUUGCAGCUAUCGCUUCAAGCUACUCAAGCCUUGAGUUGCUUGAUUUGAGUGGGUCCAGCAUUAGUGAUAGUGGCAUUGGAAUGAUAUGCAACAUAUUUCCUGAGACGCUGUCUAAACUUCUCCUUGCUCUUUGUCCAAAUAUCACUUCAAGUGGCAUUCAAUUUGCUGCAGCUCAGUUGCCUAAUCUAGAGCUCAUGGACUGUGGUAUGACCAUAUCUGAUCCUGAUUUAGACAAUCCAACAACUCAGGAAAAUAAUGACCUCCAGUUACAAAGAACUCCCAAUAGUAAACAGCACCUUAUAUAUCAAAAACUGAUUAUCAAGCAUACCUGCUUGAAGAAACUCAGCUUAUGGGGCUGCUCUGGCUUAGAUGCGUUAUAUCUGAAUUGCCCAGAACUGAACGAUUUGAACCUGAACUCCUGUACAAACCUGAAUCCAGAAAGAUUGCUGCUCCAGUGCCCCAAUUUGGAAUGUGUUCAUGCAUUAGGUUGCCAGGACGCAUUGGUUGGAACCCUUAAGAAUCAGGUAUGCACAGAUUUUAUGGCUGUGGAAGAUCAUUCUCAUUGCAAACGUCUUCCUGAUGGCUCUAAAAGGAUCAAGGUUCCGGAUUUAUUCAGCCCACAGCCAACUGAUAAGAAGAAUAAGAGGAUAUCGAAGCGCUGCUGUACUGUGCUUGUAAACUAGUCCAGUGCAUGUCCUCCUAAUUCCUAUUGGCAUUGUUAGUGUACUAUUGUGAGCCAUAAUUAGAGAAUAAAUUAUAAAACAAAUUCC